CCUGGCGUUGGGGCUCCGGGGCCUGGCGCUGGGGCUCCCGGGGCCUGGCGCUGGGGCUCCCGGGGCCUGGCGCUGGGGCUCCCGGGCCUGGCGCUGGGGCUCCCGGGGCCUGGCGUUGGGGCUCCCGGGCCUGGCGUUGGGGCUCCGGGGCCUGGCGCUGGGGCUCCCGGGGCCUGGCGCUGGGGCUCCCGGGGCUCCUCACAACCGGGGUGUCCUGGGCCUCGUCCGGCCCGGCCCGGCCCCUGCCAGCUUUGUAACGGCAACGCCUGCGGCUGCGUGAGGGGGAAAGGAGAAAACACGGGCAGCAAGGAGGCGAGAGGGAUUAGAUGAUCUUUGUGUUCAGCGAGCGAAAACGCAGUCCGAAGUAUGGUUUGAUCUUCAAAGGAGCCGAGCCUUGAGUCACAGCAGUCCCAUUGCUCCAUCGCUGACUUUCAAUUUUUUUCCAAUACAGGCCUUUGUAACUGAGCGCAAACAGACCAUGCCUCUUCCAGAAACCAUGUUCUGUGCUCAGCAGAUCAAAAUCCCCCCCGAGCUACCUGAUAUUCUGAAGCAAUUUACUAAAGCUGCUAUUAGGACUCAGCCUCGUGAUGUUUUGCGGUGGUCAGCUGCGUAUUUUUCAGCAUUGUCAAAAGGCGAGCCUCUUCCUGUGAAGGAAAGGAUUGAAAUGCCUUUACCGACAGAGAAAACAGAUGCUGGUUUGACCCCAGGACUCCUUAAAAUCUUGCACAAGCAGCUGUCUCCCAAAGGCAUGGUGAGUGUUGCAGAACUGAAGGAGAGAUGGCAGCACUUGUGCUUGCCAGAGGAGCAGCUGAAAGCUAUCCUGCAGCUGGACGACUUUGGUGAGGAGGUGGAGUGGAUGAAGGUUCUGGCACUCGGGUGCAGCGUGCUCGGCGGGUCCUUGCUGAGUUCAAUGAAACAUGCCUGCGAAAUCUUAACAAGUGACCCAGAAGGAGGAGCAGCUCGCGUUCCCUUCGAAACAUUCGCGUUCCUCUACUCCUAUUUGGCCAGUAUUGAUGGGGAGAUACCAGAGGAGAAAACAGAAGCAUUCCUCCAUGGAAUUAAAGAGCAAGCUGACAAACAAACUGGCAUGGUGCUCCUCAGAAACUUUCUUACACAGCCCUCAACACUGUUUUGAUCAAGCCUAUUCUUCAGCACCACGGGAGAAAAAAAAGAAUAAUAAAUACUUGCAAGAAAAUAA